AUGGGGUGUUUAUUGUGUCUGCAUACUUUGGAAAACAACUUGCAUGUUUUUGUUGAUUGUCCAUAUGCACAGGAAGUUUGGUAUAGAGCUGGUUUACAGCUGCCUACUGGGCCGGGCGACAAUUUUAUAGAUUGGUUUUUGGGUGUAAUCAAUAGUUUGACAAAGGAGCAGAUAGCUAGGUGUUUGAUGCUCUUAUGGUGGAUUUGGAAAAACAAGAACAGUCAAUUGUGGGAACAUAAGAGACAGCAUGCAUCUGAGGCUGUGUUGCUCACUAUGGGUUGGUAUGAGGAAUUCAAAAAAGUAAAUGUGCAGCCAACGGAGAUUAGGAGACAAUUGGUGACAUGGACAAGACCACAAGAGAAUUGGGUGAAGGUUAAUUGUGAUGGUGCAUUCCAGCCGGCAACAAGAAAGGGGGGUGCUGGAGUUGUGAUCCGAGAUGCUAAUGGUGAUUUUCAAGUUGGUGCUGCUAGACCUCUCCCUUUAGUAACGUCGCCUUUCCAUGCAGAAUUGAUGGUGUUAAAGGAAGGGAUCAAUUUGGCAGUGGCAUUACAGCAUGAACAGGUACUGUUUGAAUCUGAUAGCUCUUUAUUGGUUCAAGCUUUGCAUUCAACUGAACCGGAUUUAUCUACAAUGAGUAUGUUGCUUGAUGAGAUCAGACUAGUGCUGCAAAAUCAUGGUGGUUAUAGAAUUAAUUAUGUACCAAGGGAAGCAAAUACAGUAGCUCAUGGAUUUGCUUCUCAUGCCUUAAGAAAUAGGGAUAGUCAAACUUGGUUUGUCAUAGCUCCCGAAUUUAUAAGGGAUGCCAUUCGAAAUGAUUGUAAUCGUUAA